GCUCUCCAGGUAAGUUUCAGAGUUAGUUUAAACAGCAUUGAGUGUACAAUGCCGGCUAAUGAGGGUACUUUCUGUGAAGAUUCUGAGCAACAGAGCUUAGAAGAUGUUAAAGAACUAAAAAUUUCCAAUGGCAAUUACUUUUCUGAAAAAAUUGCCGCUGAUGAUCUGAAAAUCAGUAAAAAACAAUUAAACAGUAUGGAAAAUUCAAAUGUUUGCACAAACGGUUGUUCUUUUUCUUCUUCAACUUACCCGAGCACACCAUCAAAAGCGAUUCACGAAAAUUUUUUACGAGAUUCAUUUGAAAUAAUUUUACAGUCGGCAGUAUUUGACGGCACUUCACGCAACACUAAAGUCGUCGAGUGGGUGGAUCCAGAAAGUUUACCCUCAUUGAUAAAUCUACAAUUGAAAAAAAAUGGUACAUCUCAUGAAGAAUUAUUGAAUUUAAUUCGUGGUGUCAUCAAGUACAGUGUCAAAACUGGCAAUCCACGGUUUGUAAAUCAAUUAUUUUCCAGUGUUGAUCCGUAUGGAUUGGUAGGACAAUGGUUGACUGAUGCAUUAAAUCCAUCAGUAUACACCUACGAAGUAUCGCCAGUAUUUUCAUUGAUGGAGAACCAAGUAUUAUGUGAAAUGAGGAAAAUCAUCGGGUGGAAAGACGGUCAAGGCGACGGAAUUUUUUGUCCUGGAGGUUCGAUGGCUAAUGGAUACGCAAUCAAUCUAGCUCGACAUUAUAAAUUUCCGCAGUUAAAAGAAACAGGAUUGUCUGGGCUGCCGAGACUCAUUGUAUUUACCUCAGAAGAUGCUCAUUACUCGAUAAAAAAAUUGGCUGCGUUCUUGGGAAUCGGUACCAGUAACGUUUACUGCAUUAAAGUUGAUAAGAUGGGAAAAUUGGACGUUGAUAAUCUUGAAGGACAAAUUGUUGGUGCUCUAGCUGAAAAUGCAGUACCGUUAAUGGUUUCAGCUACUGCUGGGACAACCGUUUUGGGUGUUUAUGACCCUAUUCGGCGUAUCCAUGAAAUUUGCACCAAGUAUAAGAUGUGGUUGCAUGUUGAUGCUGCUUGGGGCGGUGGUGCUCUAAUGUCUGCUAAACAUCGAGGAUAUCUUGACGGCGUUGAACUUGCUGAUUCAGUGACUUGGAAUCCUCAUAAAUUAUUAGCAGCACCUCAACAAUGCUCGACACUUUUAGUGCGACAUGAAAACCUUCUUCAGUCAGCUCACAGUUCCAAUGCAACAUAUUUAUUUCAAAAAGAUAAAUUUUAUGAUACUUCUUUUGACUCUGGUGAUAAACAUGUCCAGUGUGGUAGAAGAGCUGAUGUGUUGAAAUUUUGGUUCAUGUGGAAAGCCAAAGGUACUGCAGGUUUUGAAAUGCACAUUGAUCGGGUAUUUCAACUAUCAAGAUACUUUGCUGAUUUAAUUCGUGAUAGAGAUGGAUGGAAAUUAUUUCAAGAACCAGAAUGUACAAAUGUUUGCUUUUGGUAUGUUCCUAAAUCAAAAAGACAUAUGAAAGAUGAUCAAUUAACUCAGGUAUUACAUAAAAUUGCACCGAUAAUAAAAGAAAAAAUGGUUAAAAAAGGAUCUAUGCUGGUUACUUAUCAACCUCUGCACGGUAGACCUAAUUUCUUUAGACUUGUAUUACAGAGUUCAGGAUUAAAUGAAGAUGAUAUGAGAUUUUUCGUUAAUGAGUUUGAAAUACUUGCUGAUGAUUUAUAA